AUGACAGUUGAUCCACACGCCCCCUCGAAAGACGUACCCUCGGCUUUGGCCGACGCCGACGGCAUUCACUACGCAAGCGGCCCCAACGCGUUGGAUGACAAUGAGACAGUCGCAUACCCUCCCAGUCCAUCGAGUUACUUGGACGACGGUAGGAUCUAUCAGGCUGCCAAUGAUGACUAUGCGCUUCCCGCCGACGACGCCGAGCAGGCUCGGUUGGACAAUCAGCACUACGGUAUCAAGACGAUUCAAGGCGAGAAGAACUAUGUCGCUCCAGUUGCGGAAGCUCUGCCCAACCAGGGUGAAGGCAAACGCGCGAUUGACAUUGGCACUGGAACUGGAAUUUGGAUCACCGAGAUGGCUCAAGAGUUUCCCAAGGCAGAAUGGAUCGGUGUGGACCUCGUGCCAGUUCAGCGUGAUGACAUUCCGGACAAUGUCCAGUUUGUGAAAGACGACAUCACCAAAGGCUUGGCUUUCCCAGACGAGUCUUUUGACUUUGUCCAUGGACGUUUCCUUCUGCUCGGGGUUCGUGACUGGGCGUUUGUUAUCAAAGAGGCAACGCGUAUCCUUCGCCCCGGAGGCCUUCUGCUCUGGGUCGACAUUACCCUGCCAUGGCCCAUCGUGGGGGUAAGCGAGGACGAAGCUCAGCGGAUUGCCCCUGGCUACACCAAGAUGCUCAAGGCUGUCACCCAAGCUACGCAAAGCAGGGGUCUCGAAAAUGCAGCUGGCCAAAAGGUGAUCGAGCACAUGAACGAUAUUACGUCCCUGGAGAACGCGCACCAAGUUCAAAUCAAUGUUCCGAUGUGGCCGUGGUCUGAGGAGCCCGCUAUGAAGAAGGCAGGGCAAGUCGCAUACGCCAUUGAGCAGUGCUGA